AUGGCCUCCGCACAUGAACCUCCCAGCAACAAAGUCCCCGAGUACGACGAAGUCAUCAAGAAGAUUGCCAGUUACGUGCACAACACCAAGAUUGACUCUGACUUGGCCUUCUCUACCGCCAGGUACUGCUUGAUCGACACCAUUGGUUGUGGUCUCGAGGCUCUUCACCACAAGGAAUGCACCAAGAUGCUCGGCCCCUUGACCGAGGGAACCAGCGUCACCAACGGUGCAAAAGUCCCAGGUACCCCCUACGAGCUCGACCCUGUUGAGGCUGCCCGUAACUUUGGUACCAUGAUUCGAUGGCUCGACUUUAACGACACUUGGCUCGCUGCUGAGUGGGGACACCCUUCAGACAAUCUCGGUGGUAUUCUCAUGGUGGCAGACUGGCUCGCUCGUCGUGGCCAAAAAUUGACCGUCAAGGACAUCCUCGAGGGCAUGAUCAAGGCACACGAGAUUCAAGGUGUCCUCGCCCUCGAGAACUCCUUCAACCGUGUCGGUCUUGACCACGUUCUCCUUGUCAAGGUGGCUUCCACGGCUGUUGUCUCCAAGAUGCUCGGUCUCAACGAGUCGCAGACCCGUGAUGCCGUCUCGCAGGCCUUCAUUGAUGGCCAGUCCUUGCGUACCUACAGGCACACACCCAACACCAUGUCUCGCAAGUCUUGGGCUGCCGGUGACGCCACCUCGCGCGCCGUCUACCUUUCUCUUAUUGUCAAGAAGGGUGAGAAGGGACUCCCCUCUGCUUUGACUGCUCCCAUCUGGGGCUUCUACGACGUCCUCUUCAAGGGCAAGCCUUUCAAGUUCCAGCGCGAGUUUGGCUCGUACGUCAUGGAGAAUGUGCUCUUCAAGAUCUCCUUCCCUGCCGAGUUCCAUGCGCAGACUGCCGCUGAGGCAGGUAUCAUCCUCCACAACAAGCUCAAGGAGAUGGGCAAGUCGAUCGACGAUGUCAAGUCUGUGCGUAUUCGCACACAGGAGGCUGCUAUUCGUAUUAUCGACAAAAAGGGUGAACUCCACAACUACGCUGACCGCGACCACUGCAUUCAGUACAUUGCUGCUAUUGGUAUGAUUCACGGUCGUCUCGUUGCUGAGGACUACUUGGACGAUGUUGCCUCUGACCCACGCGUCGAUGCUCUUCGUGAGAAGAUGUACUGUGUUGAGGACAAGACCUACUCUGCCGAGUACCUUGACCCUGAGAAGCGUUCCAUUGGAAAUGCCCUGCUUGUUGAGCUCAAUGAUGGCACGAAGCUCGAUGAGGUGGCCAUUGACUACCCUGUCGGCCACAAGCGCAGACGCGAGGAAGGUAUCCCACUCCUUGAGAAGAAGUUCCUGCACCACGUCAAGGGACACUACUCGCAGGGCCGCGAGAAGGAGAUUAUCGAGACUGUGCUCAAUAGCAAGGGUCCUGAACUCCUCAACAUGCCUGUUGACAAGUUUGUCGAUCUCUGGCACAAGGAGUAA